AUAGUUGAAAAGCUUCGCUUGGAGCAGGUUCUAAGUAUUUGAGAUGCAAUAAUUACUUCGUGACCGAAGCAUUUAUUGUUUUGCAGUCAGUUGAAUUACGCCAACGUAAUGAACAACAUGAAUUCGCUGAUUUGGUUGUGUUGCUGUUUUCCAGUUCUAAUCUUUGGAGCAGGCUUACCUGAUGAUAUUGAAAAGUGUCAUUUUGGAGACUCCACAUGCCUGGUUCGGUCCAUCAAUUCCUUGAUCAAGCGCUACCCGAAGGGAAUCCCGGAAAUAGGCAUCCCGCCGCUGGACUCUUACAACUAUUCGGACUCCAUCAUUCUAGAAUCGCCGAGUCACGGACCCAUCUGGAUGGACUUUCGCAUGCGGGACAAUGUGAGCAAGGGAUUCAAUAAUGCCACAAUCACCCAUGUGGAGGGAUUUCUGUAUGAGCCCAACCAGAAGCAGAUUGUGCUGAAGGCCCGUUUACCCCGACUCCUGCACGAGGCCACCUACGAAAUGGUGGGCAAGGUCAUGUUCUUUGUCUACAACACCACUGGACGGCUGUCCUCCGACUUUCAGAACAUCCGCAUAACCCUUACCAUAAAGGCGUUAGUGGAGUACAGGAAUGACAAGCGCUAUCUAAAGAUUUACGAUCUGAAGCCCAGCAUAGACUUGGAUCGGUGGAUCAUUUGGUUAGAUAACCUGUACAAGGAUAAUAUGGACGUGACCAUAUUCAUGAAUCAGCUGCUCAACGAAAACUGGGUGGAGUUCUGGAAUGAGCUGCAACCCGGUUUGAUCAAAUCUUUCACCAUUUCUUUUACCACCUUAAUUAACAAAGUGUUUGAGAAUAUUGCCUACGAUGACAUGUUUCUCCCCUAUCUAGACGUAAGAAUUGGUUCUUGAUAGGAUUGAACUUUUAAGUGAAACUACAUAGAAUGAGGGGAGCAAACCGGUUAUAAAUGUAAGACAGACUUACACUAGAAAAAUGAAAACAUUAUUCUAGUUUCUUUAAGGGUAUCUAUUUGGCUAUAUGAUUUUACAAAAUAUUUCUUAAAAUAUUAUUUCUA